AUGCCAAGGGCAGAGUUGGUCCUAGUGGUCCUAGUGGUCCUGGUGGUCCUGUUGGUCCUAGUGGUCCUAGUGGCCCUGUUGGUCCUAGUGGCCCUGUUGGUCCUGGUGGUCCUAGUGGUCUUGUUUGGUAUGCUCUUCAUGGCCUCUCCCCAUCUCUCCUCUCCUCUGCCCUCCUCUCCUGCUGUGUACCAGGGUAUGCUCUUCAUGGCCUCUCCCCAUCCCGCCUCUCCUCUCCCCUUCUUGCCUGCUGUGAAUGAUGGUAAGCUCUUCAUGGCCUCUCCUCAUCCCCCCUCUCCUCUCCCCUCCUCGCCUGCUGUGUACCAGGGUAUGACCUUCAUGGCCUCUCCCCAUCCCUCCUCUCCUCUCCCCUCCUCGCCUGCUGUGUACCAGGGUAUGACCUUCAUGGCCUCUCCCCAUCCCUCCUCUCCUCUCCCCUCCUCGCCUGCUGUGUACCAGGCUCUUCAUGACCUCUCCUCGUGGCCCCGGCCCACCGGACCCCCGAUCCCAACACCACCCCCAGGGCCCCCGGUGGCCCCCCCCAGUCCUGCCUCCCUGGCCUGGGUCCAAAGGACCCGGUAUCAGCCUGCCAGCCUGGCGCUCCGGAAGCAGGAGGAGGAGGACAACAAGCGCUGCAAAGCCCUGUCCGACAGCUAUGAGCUCUCCACAGACCUACAGGACAAGAAGGUGGAGAUGCUGGAGAGGAAGUAUGGCGGUUACUUCCUGAGUCGGCGGGCGGCGCGCACCAUCCAGACGGCGUUCCGUCAGUACCGCAUGAACAAGAACUUUGAGCGGCUGAGAAGCUCCGCCUCCGAGAGCAGGAUGACUCGGCGCAUCAUCCUGUCCAACAUGAGACUGCAGUACUCGUUUGACGAGCGGCAGGGCCAGACCCAGGGACAGGGCCAGCCCCAGGGACAGGGCCAGACCCAGACCCAGCCCCAGGGACAGGGCCAGCCCCAGGGACAGGGCCAGACCCAGGGACAGGGCCAGCCCCAGGGACAGACCCAGACCCAGGGACAGGGCCAGACCCAGACCCAGACCCAGCCACAGGGACAGGGCCAGCCACAGGGCCAGGGGGGACAGAGGUACCCCCACCCUGGAAGGGGGCAGCCUGGGGAUGGAGAGAUGGAGGCUGGGUCUCCUCCACUGUGCCAGGGGGACAUAGAGUACACACACCUGGAUGAGACCUUCUCCAAACAGGUGAAGUCCCUGGCUGACUCCAUCGAUGAUGUCUUGACCUGUCAGUCUGGCGUGGAAGACUUUCAGGAGGAGGAGGAAGAGGAGGAGGAAGGUGACGGAGGCGAGACAGGGGUGGUGGCGGACGACUUUGGAGAGUGUGUUUGGAGACCGAGGGAGGGAGACAGACAGAGGGGCGGAGGAAGAGGAAGAGGAGGAGAAAGACAGAGCAUGCACGAGGACAGCAUAGCCACCUCCUACAGUGACGUGACCCUCUACAUUGAUGACCCCUCCUCGCCUCUGUCCCUGGACCGCGGCCCCAGCAGCACUGACACAGAAUACUGGAGCCCUGGAGUGGGUGGCGUUGGGGUGGGGGGGCGUGAAGACAGCCGGGACACAGAGGGAGGGGGCAGCAGUAACAGCCGACGCAGCACCCCCUGUACAGAGUGUAGAGACUACAGCCUGAGAGGAGCUCACCUGCCCCUGCUGACCAUCGAUCCCCCUAGCGACAGCUCUGUUGAUAUGAGUGACCGCUCGGAUAGAGGUUCGAUAGGUAGACUGGUCUACGAGACAGAGCCAGGGGGAGGUGGGGGAGGAGGGGGGGAAGGGAGGUCGCCUCACGGCACUAUUAAACACAACCCCCACCCAAACCCCCACCCCAACCCCAACGGGCAUCCCGCACCACACCCAGCACCCCCACCACCCGGACAACCCCUCACCCCUCUGUCUUCCUCCUCAUCCACCACACUGCCCCCUGGUGGCCUGGAGCAGGUAUGCUGUUCGGAUGGAGACAACGACUCUCUCAACUCCACCACCAACUCUAACGAUACCAUCAACUGCUCCUCCGGGUCCUCAUCACGUGACAGCCUCCGGGAGCCCCUCCCACCGCUCGGGAAACAGACCUAUCAGAGAGAGAGCAGACAAAGCUGGGAUAGCCCCGCCCUUAACAAUGACGUGGUGCAGAGACGACAGUACCGCAUCGGACUCAAUCUGUUCAACAAGAAGCCAGAGAAGGGUAUACAGUACCUGAUAGAGAGAGGCUUCGUAUCGGACACACCGGUAGGCAUCGCCCGCUUCAUCCUGGAGAGGAAAGGACUGAGCAGACAGAUGAUAGGAGAGUUCCUGGGUUGCAGACAGAAACAGUUCAACAAGGACGUACUGGAUUGUGUUGUAGAUGAGUUGGACUUCUCAGGGAUGGAUCUAGAUGAUGCCCUCAGGAAGUUCCAGGCUCAGAUUAAAGUCCAGGGGGAGGCCCAGAAGGUGGAGAGACUGAUCGAGGCUUUCAGUCAGCGGUACUGUGUGUGUAACCCGGUACUGAUCCGACAGUUCCAGAACCCCGACACCAUCUUCAUCCUGGCCUUCGCCAUCAUCCUCCUCAACACAGACAUGUACUCUCCCAACGUCAAGCCGGAGAAGAAGAUGAAGCUGGAAGAUUUCAUCAAAAACCUCAGAGGAGUGGAUAAUGGUCAGGACAUUCCCAGAGACCUGUUAGUAGGAAUCUACCGUCGGAUAGAGAAAUGGGAGCUACGCACCAACGAUGACCACGUGUCUCAAGUACAAGCUGUGGAGAGGGUGGUCGUCGGCAAGAAGCCCGUGCUCUCGCUGCCACACCGCAGAUUGGUGUGUUGCUGUCAGCUUUACGAGGUGCCUGACCCUAACAGAAGCCAGAGGACUGGAGUCCACCAGAGAGAAGUCUUCCUCUUCAACGACCUGCUCGUGGUAACCAAGAUCUUCCAGAAGAAGAAGACCUCUGUGACAUACAGUUUUAGACAGUCAUUCCCCCUGGUCGAGAUGCAGGUCCACAUGUUCCAGAACCAGCACUAUCCCCACGGUAUCCGUCUGACGUCGGCCAAUCCUGGCGGGGAGAGGAAGGUUCUGAUUGUAUUAAAUGCUCCAAGUCAGCAGGACAGAACACGCUUCACCUCCGACCUGAGAGAGAGCAUCACUGAGGUGACGGAGAUGGAGAAAUACAGGGUGGAGUCGGAGUUGGAGAAGCAGAAAGGGGUGGUGAGACCUGUUGUGGGCGGGGCUGGCGGUGGUGGUCUGGGCAGUGGCUUGAAGGGCGAGGCAGUGAAUGGCACUCUGGGUAGACCCAGUCUGGAUGACAGCUAUGCCUCCGCAGACGGACUCAAACGUACCGCGCUCAGCUCAUCACUGAGAGACCUAUCAGACACAGGGAAGCGGGGACGCCGAAACAGUGUUGGCUCCUUGGACAGCACAAUGGAAGGUUCCAUCAUUAGCAGUCCCAGGCUUCAUCAGCGCCCCCACAUGGCUGGAGGUGUAAUGCCACCCGGCAGCUAUGACAUCCAAGACUACCGGCCUCACCGCCCCAUCCUGAGCCCCGGAAUGGGGGUGGGGGGUGGGCCGGGGCUAAAUCACAAUACCGCUACUGGGACGACGGCACUGGUUCCCAGCAGCGGAGACCGAGGGGGGACGGGAGCCCUGGGGAGCGGGUCUGGAGGGGGAGGGGGCAGUGGAGGCUCCUUCCUGGGUUCCCUGUUCGGGAGCAAGCGCUCCAACACCAAGCCCCCUGGUCCUCUCCUCCCUCUCCUCCCACCUGGGCUGCCACACUACCCUGCACCUGUCCCCCCGCCCACCACUGGCGGCCCGCCCCCACACUCCCCCUCCUCCCUCACCCACUCCGACACAGGAGGACCCUCCAAAAUCCAGGCCCUGCAUGCCCAAUAUUGCUACAACAGUACCGCAGGGCAGCAGCCUCCUCCGCCCUACCACCACCACCACCGCUACCACGUCCAGGCAGGGCCCGCUCCCAGCCAGCCCUCCUCCACCGCCCAGGGGGCCCCUGGGCCUCAUAUCCUCCACAGGGGCCCCAUGGUAGGGGUCCCCAAGAGGCCGGACACCGGUCCUGCUCCCUCCCACCCCCAGCUCCAACAGCUGUCCCAGGUUCAGCUGGCCCAGCUGCAGCAGCAUGGUGUACAGUGUGUACAGGGCCCCGGUCCUGUUCCCUCCCAGGGUCACGGAGGGUGCUAUACCAACAUGGGGGUUACUAUGGGGGUAGGCUGCCCCACUCCACCCCUUUCACCUCAUCCCCCCCGCUCCCCGGGGCCUGCACCCCUUACACUCUACCACACAUACUCCACACACGGUCGGGGAAGAGGAGGAGGAGGCGCCAAGCUCCCUCUUACUCUCUCACACUCGCAACCCCACCCUCACGCCCACACCCACGCCCCUCAUCGUACCGCUCUUACCCACAACCACAGCCCCCAUCCCGGCCUGUCCCUCAGCCCCCACCCCGGACUGUCCCUCAGCCCCCAUCCCGCUCAACACCCCAAGCACCAGACUCACUUCAUCUUCGCUGCCCCGCCGCCCCAGACCCCCGUCGCCCGGCACAUCCCCCAGGCCGCCGCCCACGGCCAAUACCACCCUCAAUACCCCCCGCUCUGCUCCAUACCACCUCCCCCUACACACUCCCCUUUACCCCCCCCUUCCUCCCCCAAUACCCCACUUACCCCUAUCUCCCCUUACACCCACCCCCUCCAGCACCAGGGAGGGCAGCAGGGGUCUGGCGGGGGCAACAGCAGCACGGGGACGGGCAGCACCACCAGCUCCAAGUCCAAGCCUAUCAACCGCAUCAGCACGGUGGUGUGAGUGUCAGGAGACGCAACAACCCUCCCAGACACCAGGGGGCACCGCUCGUCAGACUGAGGUCGUCAGACCAGGACAACUACAGGUGUAAGAGUGGCCACGCCCAGAUCAUCCAAUAUGGCUUCCGGCGCUCUGGGAGAGGCAGGAGGCGGUACUUGCUCAGGCUGUGUUACAUCCACCUCCGGUUCCCUCACAGAUUCACAUUCAGGUAGAGAGGAAGACAUGAAUGUCGAGCUGCAGGAUAAUAAACUUCUUAACUGUUAGACCGAGAGGAAAUUCCCCCUCUUUGGGCCGUCACAGGCAGAGCUACAUCAUCACGAGACCAUGAGCCUCAUGUCUUCUACACUGACACACUGAAGAGGGAGAGGAUGACUAGUCAGCUGUUAGAAGAGAGAGGAAGACACUGACACACAGAAACUCCACAGACCGAUCUGCAUGAACAUAUUCACGUACGGUACCGAGGUUGAUGAGGAUGUGAUGCUUCUGUGUCUCUGUGGGGGCCAUGUUCUGCAUGACCUCAUCAAUGACCUCAUGUUGCCAGAGGAGGAGAAUUAUGAUGACAAAGGGUGCCAAACCUGGUGAACCAGGAAGUGGACUGGAAGUGGAUUGGUGAAUCAGGAAGUGACAUGGCCAGUGUCUGCCUUCUUACAUCUUAAAAUCUCCAUGUUGUUGUUGUUGUGUAAUAAAACAGACAUGUGUA